AUGGAGAAAGAAGAUUUUCCAGUUGUUAUUGACAUCCCAGAUUCAUCAGAACUUGCAGAAAAGAAUUCAUAUGCAUUAGAUACAUCAGAGAGUCCAGAGCGUCAGGAAAGAGGUUCCGUGAAUAUUUCAGACUCUCCAGAUAGCCCAGAGCCAGAUUCUCCAGAGAGCCCAAAUCCAGAGGGAAGAGGCUCCAUCAGUAUUGCAGACUUUCCAGAGAGCCCAGAGCCAGAUGAAAAAGACUCUAUCAAUAUUCCAAACUCUCCUGAAAGCCCAGAGCCAGAGGAAAGAGGCUCUGUCAAUAUUCCAGACUCUCUAGAGAGCCCAGAGAUCACUUUCAGAUAA